AUGACAAAGGCCAUCCUGGACAAUGGCAUUGCACAAAUGGACACGGAGAGAAUCAUCACAGACCAGCAACCCUGCACACAGAACCUGCUGCUGGACGAAGCGUCCACUGCUUCGACGUCAUCCAUGCCGAGCCCGAUGCUCACGCCGACGUCGGCUGAUUUCCUCGACUCCUACCCAUCCUCGCCAACUCUCGUACCCCUUUCCGGAUCUAUGCCUACGAUACACGAUGUCAUACUUGCUCUGCAGUCCAAUCCCCAACCUGCUACUAAGCGAUGUCCCUUCUGUCCUGCGACCAGUACUCGCAUGUUCAAGCCCGGAGCACUUCAGCAACAUCUGUCGUCGGGCGUUCAUGGCAAGAUGUCUGUAGCCCUGCCCCAGCAAGUGCCCGGUGAAAUACUCUUCCAUUGCCCGCUUGCUCUCAUGAACAGUUCUAGCAAAGAUACGACACCUAAGUAUUUCUCGGCUGUGAGUGCAUUGGCACAGCAUAUCGAAAGCGGUGCCUGUCAUGAUGGAAAGAAGACCUUCAGCCGUGCGAUUGAGUACUUGCAGCAGAAGAUGGAAGCCGUGGGCUUGGGUGGUCUUAAAUUGGUGAAUUGA